UUACACAAGAAAAUGAUCUAUUUCUAUUGCGCGUAAAGCACGGAAGUUUGGCGCGUGAACAAACUCUCCAUUUUCUAGCUGGUGCGCGCAGUAAAACCUCUCUCUCUCUCCUUAAACCCUUUCUCUCUCUAGAGACUAAAACCCCAGCAUCUUUCUCUCUCUCUCUGCAAUAGAAUGCAAAGGCUCAUUAUAUAAAUUCGCCGACUAGUCAAUUUCAACGCAAUCGCAAUCGCCAUCCUUCGUUCACUUCCGAUUGUCAAUGUCUGGAUUAUCGAAGCUAAACGUAUCCAACCCCAAAGUGUGGGUGGUGAUCGGUGUGGGCCUAGCCGGAGUUUUAAUCCUCGCCGAGGUCCACCGCCGUCGGGGCAAAGCCAACAGCUACGAUGAGGAAGAUUUCGGGGCUUUUAUUGAACGCUUUGAGCUUCUUCCAUUUCCUCAGCCGCCUCCUCCCGCCGCGCGCCUCCCUCUCUCCGGGCUCACCUUUGCCAUUAGUGACAACUUUGACAUAAAGGGCUACAUAACGGGAUACGGAAGUGCAGAAUGGAAGAGGACACACGAGGCAGCAGUGAAAACUGCUAUAGUGGUGACGACAAUGCUAAGAAGUGGUGCCACCUGCGUGGGCAAGACAAUCAUGGAUGAGCUUGGUUUUGGGAUAUUAGGGGAAAAUAAAAACUAUGGAACUCCAACCAACCCACAAAAGCCAUCUCAUGUUCCUGGAGGCUCGUCUAGUGGAUCAGCCGUGGCUGCUGCUGCCAAGAUUGUAGAUUUUGCUCUUGGUACUGAUAUAGUUGGUUGUAUAAGAGUACCAGCAUCUUUUUGCGGCGUCCUUGGAUUUAGACCAUCUCAUGGAAUUGUGUCUACUAUUGGUGUUUUGCCAAACUCCCAGAGUUUGGACACUGUUGGAUUGUUGGCAUCUGAUCCAUCUGUUUUGCACCUUGUCGGACAUGCUCUACUUCAAUUAAAUACAUUGGCACCUAAAAAGACACGGCGCAUAGUUAUAGCUGAUGAUAUUUUUCAGCUUUCUAAGGUUCCCUUGCAGAAGACCGUCUAUGUUAUAAGCAAAGUAGCAGAUAAAUUGUCUGGCUAUCAGACAUCUAAGCAUAUGAAUUUUGGGCAGUACAUUGCUGCGAACGUGCCAAGCCUACAAAUUUUCCGUGAAGAAUCUAAAGAUCAACAAACUGGAAUGUCUACUUUGAGAGCACUGUCUUCUGCAAUGCUUUUUCUUCAAAGACAUGAAUUCAAAACAAAUCACGAGGAGUGGAUUAAGUCAGUCAAACCCAAAUUAAGCUCCGAUGUCUCUAAUCGUGUUUUGGCGGCAAUAAACACCACCCAAGAGAACGUCAAAACUCUGUAUAAAGUUAGAAUAGAAAUGCGAGCUGCUCUAAAAAAUCUCUUGAAGGAUGAUGGUAUAUUAGUAAUUCCGACAGUGGCUGAUCCUCCACUCAAGCGGAGUUCCAGGAAAGGUCUCCCUACUGAAUUCCAUGACAGAAUGAAUGCUUUGUUGAGCAUUGCAAAUAUGUCUGGAGGUUGUCAGGUUGCCAUUCCACUUGGAAAACACGACGAUUCUCCAAUUUCUGUUUCAUUUAUUGCAUCUCAUGGCAAUGAUAAGUUCCUACUUGAUACCGUCUUGGAUAUGUAUUCUUCUCUUCAAGAACAAGUCAGCAUUAUUUCCAGUUCCUCUCUAUUGCCCGGUAUGAAUGGUAGCAUGGAUGCUGCUGAGCUUCUUAAAGAAAAGGGGAAUGCGGCAUACAAAGGAAAGCAGUGGAAUAAGGCUGUAAGUUUCUACAGUGAGGCGUUAAAAUUGGAAGACACAAACGCAACUUACCAUUCCAAUCGGGCAGCUGCUUAUUUGGAGUUGGGAUGCUUCCAACAAGCUGAAGAUGAUUGCAGCAAGGCAAUAUCUUUAGAUAAAAAGAAUGUGAAGGCUUAUUUGAGACGAGGCACAGCUCGGGAGUCUAUGCUUUUCUACAAAGAGGCUCUUCAAGAUUUCAAGCAUGCACUGGUUCUGGAACCACAGAAUAGGGUUGCUGGUCUAGCCGAAAAGAGACUGAGGAAAUUGAUCAGCUGAGUCUUUAAUUUGCCCCUUUUUUUAACCCGAUGAUUAUUAUUGUUCAAUUUUCCGAUUUUUCGGGAAACGGUGGAAGUGGAAAAGAGUUUGCGAUGGAGAAGUAGAUAUCAAUUUAGCCUUUUGAUAUUGAGAUGUGUAUAUUUUUGUAGUUUGCCUUCAACAUUUGAAGUUCCUCAUAAAAAAAAAACACAUAACUUGGAUUUUGUCAACUUGGCUAUCUGUGUUUUGGUGAUUUUUAGUAAUGGAAACACGUUUGUCUUUCAUGA